AAAAAACCUCCAAAAAAAUAUUCAUAUCUUUCUGUAUUCACUCCGAUGCUCCCAAGAAACCAGCUCAACAACAAAAAGAGACCCCCCAAACAAACCACCCUCUUCACAGAACAAACUAACUCAAACCCAAAAAAGCCUAAAAAAACAUGUUGACAAGAGCCUUCACAAAGCCAAGAAACAGCCCAUCAUCAAAAAGAGAUGAUGAAAACAGCUGCAGAUCAGUGUCGAUCUAUGAGUACGAAGACUGUAUCUUCGGAUUCAUGGAGCUUGAUGUGCCAUUGAUCUUCUGCGAUGAGGACGAUGACAAUGAUGGCGGCGGUGGUGGGGGGUUGAGUUUGAGGGAGUUGUUGAGGGGUUCAGUGGGGGUGAUAGGAGAGGGAAGUUUGGGGAUCACAGAGAAAGUGGUGCUUUUGGAGAGGAGAGUGUGGGCAGUGAAGAGGUUUGGGAAGGUGAUUGUGAGGAGAGGGGAGUUUGGGAGGAGAAUUGAGAGGCUGGCGCAGGUUAGCAGAAAGUGUCAGUAUUUAGUUCCAAUCACUGCUUAUUUGUAUACAAAAAGGAUCAAAUUUGUGGUUUGUGAUUAUUAUCCCAUGGGAAGCCUUGCUGACUUGCUUGCUGGUGCUAGAGAGCUUGGUCAUACAACUUUAGAUUGGAAACAAAGACUCAUUAUAAUCCUCAACAUUGCUCGAGCCAUUGCAUUCAUCCAUUCCCAAUCACCUCCACAAGACAAACGCCUCCAAUUGAACGUCCACGGUGACAUCAAAGCCUCCAACAUCAUGAUCAACGUCGACUUCACUGCCUGCCUUUCGGACUACGGCUUCACUCAGUUGGCAAAGCGUGUCGAAGUUUCUGACACAUGGCACCGGAAGCCACCUCCGCCAUCACCGGAACAUAUCUACUCCGCUACGCUCUCCCAGACGAGUGACAUCUGCAAUUUUGGGAUCAUAAUGUUGGAUAUGCUUGGAGGCCCCAAAGCUCCAAGUCUUAGGAACUGCAUAGUGGAGAAAAUAGAAGAUAUAAAAAAUGGGGUUUGCGAAUUCUUCGAAUUUUCAGUAGAAGGGAAAGAAAAAAAUCAAGCUUCACAGGUUUUGGACAUAGCUUUGGCAUGCACUGAUUCAUCGUCUGAUGCCAGACCUUCAAUGGAAAAGAUACUGUCUAACUUGGGGAACAUUAUUAGCCGUAGAUGAGAGCGUGAAAGUGAUCAAUCGAUUACAUAUGAACUUGUUUGGUUCUUGUUCUUCUUCUUUUUCAUGUACACAUAGUAGUACUAUUGUGUAUGUAUAGAAAUGGGGUGAAGUUACAAUAGGUGUUGUUGACCUCUCCAACCAAUGGGUAUUACUUGGUGUGUGUGUGGGUAUAUAUAGAUUUUGUUUCAAAUUCAGAUUUGAUGAGUGAUUGUUGCUGGAAUUUGGAAAGUGUUUUUGUUCUGGAAAUUAUUUCAAAAUUUGAAAAUUUUGAA